AUGAAGGGACAAGCCUGGGGCGCCAUGACUCGGAAAAAUCCCUCUACAAGACCGGAGGAAUGGCGUUGUAUACACACACAGCUCUUCGAUAACUGUCGCUGAAUUAUAAAGGUUUCACGUUAAUUUCUUCACCAUGGCAGCCAAGUCAUCUCUACUAAAGGUGAUCCUGCUUGGAGACGGUGGCGUGGGCAAGUCAUCCCUCAUGAACCGGUACGUGUCGGACAAGUUUGACGCGCACCUCUUCCACACCAUCGGUGUCGAAUUCCUCAACAAAGAGCUGGAGGUGGACGGUCGGCGGGUGACCCUGCAGAUUUGGGACACUGCUGGUCAGGAGCGUUUCCGCAGCCUGCGAACGCCGUUCUACCGCGGCUCCGACUGCUGCCUUCUCACGUUCGGCGUGGACGACGCGCAAAGCUUCCUCAACCUCGGGCACUGGAGGAAGGAGUUUGCCUACUACGCUGACGUGAAAGAGCUCGACAGCUUUCCUUUCAUCAUUCUCGGCAAUAAAGUCGACGUGGUGGAGCGGCAGGUUACCACCGAAGAGGCACAGAGGUGGUGUUUUGAUAACGGCGGCCACCCGUAUUUCGAAACAAGUGCCAAGGACGCAACAAAUGUCGCUGAGGCUUUUGAAGAGGCUGCAAGGCGUGUGUUGGCACUGGAGGAUCGUCAAACACACGUCAUGCCCUCGGACGUUGUGGAUUUGCGCAGGAAGCCGCGCUCUGGCAGUCGCUGUUGUUUGUAACAGCUGGACGUUAAGGCAAAGUCAGUCUGUGGACCGUUUAAAGCUGCCCAAUGGACUUUUAAGGACUGCGCAAAAGCUCUGUUAGUCUAUCAAGGUUUUUCAUUUAGGACGUAUUGAGUGUCUAGUAGUAAGUCAAAGCAAUUGCAAAGUCGAAUUGUUAAAAUGAUCAGACCACAUGUUCGUUCUGGUCUGUGAGAUGUGAAUCUUUGAGUUACAUUCUGUUGAAGGUUCUUCCAUGAGUAGCAAAAUCAUGUUCAGCAUUAUUACACAAAUGGCUUUGACUAACUGCUAUUACACGUUCAGAAUGACCCAGAUUGCUGAAAAUACCUUCAGACUACCGGAGCUUCUCCGUAGCAGGUGGCGCCGGUGUGUAAGAAUCUGAAGCUCCAAACCAAUAAAGUCCUGCAGUUUUUGCAUCGGAGGCCAUUUUCAGGCCAGUGAAAUGUUGAGCACUCACGGGGAGAGUUUAAUGUACACCCUACCAGUCAAAGUUUUGAGUACACUGCAUUGAAGUUUUGAAACUAUUAAAUGUCCAUAACCACUUACGUGAUGCGUUUUUAUUUAAUUGGUUACUUAUACAUGAGUUUCAUUUGAAAAUUUUGAAGGACAAAGUAAAUGCAUUGAGAUGGAUGUUUAAGUGUAUAUUGGGGAAAACACGAUGAAGUAUAUGGCCAUUUUUAGAAUGACCCAUGAUUUUGAGGAUGUUUUCAGAUAUGAGGAAUAUGAUAUAAACAUAAUCAUGGAGGGGAAAAGUUUUUCUAGGAAUUGUACUAAAACCAUUUUGAACAAAAAUGUAAUUUGAGCACUUUUUUUUUUUUUUUCCUCCCUUCUCUCCACAGUGCCUUUUCUCUUCUGAUGGAUAAAUAUUCAGUUUGGCAGCUUUCAGAGGCACUUGAAAGAACACUAGUGGAAAAUGAAACAUUCUUGUGCAUUGAUUUUUAGCAUCAUCCAUUACAAAAAAUAACCACUCUGAUAACUCACUAACACGUGACAACACGUAACAAUAACUGCCCAACUGUGGUGACACGUCAGACCUAUGUUUAAGGAUGUUUUCGUCCAUGUGGUAGGAUCAGGAUAGAGCUCUUACUUUGGAUCUCAUUAACCCACGCCGAGCAUUUUGAUGAACAUGGUGGGAGCCCUCCUUAUGCCCCUCCAACACUCAGUCCUAUUUGCAUAUAUUUGUGCUGUUUUAUAAGGAAAGGGCAACGAUUUAAUUUUAAGUACACACUAGGAAGGCCUUACCUCUUUAAAUCUUUAAAUCUAGAAUAUAACACUGUUUGGAAGAUUAUGAUCUUACUGAGUAUGUAUGUUGUUCCUAAUGAAAGAGCAAUCACUUUUAAUUUAACAGGUGGAUGUUACCAUUUUAGAGAUUAAUUUAUUAUAAAUUUGCUGUGAUUUUUUUUUUUUAUUUUUUUCCCCUCUUAGCUGCACAGCUAAGAAUAUUUUUUUCUGAAUUAAUAUCUCGUGUGUUGUGAUCUAUUUCAAGUCUGUCAAUUUGUUGAAAUAAGUAAGGGGCUGAAAAUGUAUAGUUUGAAAAACAAGCUAUUCAUACAUAUGCACUUACCUUCUCAUUUGUGCCAUCAACUUAACCUGCUCAAGUUCACAGGUACUGAAGCCCAAAUUAAAGCCCUAACGAGUGAUGAUUCUUUAAUUAUUGUGCAAAUCUAAUUAAAAUAUAAGUAAAUUCU